AUGGCUUCUACCUGCAAGGCUUCGAUAAGCUCAUCUUACACAACUCAAGUUCAUACAGCUUUUCAAAAGUUUUGUGAAGAUCGUCCCAUUGCCGAGAGGGCGACAGUAGACGACAUUCUUUACGCAGGUAAUCUCGGCGCGAACGGUGAUUAUGGGUGCAAUUUGAUGCUGGUGGACGACAGCAUUGCGAACCAAUACCAGUACAUAAUCAACAUGACGAAUUCGGCAUCGAAAAGCCAAGUCUGCGUCUGCUGGUUGAAAAUAGGACCAAACGGCGGCGUUGGAGGCUUUUUCCUGGGGAACGAAGUUCUCGAUUUUACCCUGCCUCCAGGAGGACAUAGUGUGCUUGCUGCGGACCAAAACACUAUCGGCGGAUGUACCUGCAGUCUAGGUGCCGCUGUCCAACUGACCGGGAUCAAGCAGUUUGCCUCUACAUGGUUGGAGUUCGAAAUGGCCACGAAGCAUGAUGGAUGGUCUGGAGCUGAUGCCUCGUGUCUUGUUGCAGCAAAGAGCGGGCUCGAUAUCCCGGGACUACAGGUUUGUUCUCAGUACAAUGUAUGCUCUACGGUUUAUGCCGGCGGGACUGGAGACAAUGCGUAUCUACAAGGCAUGGAGGACGUGGAUGGCAUUGGCAUCGUCCAACAACCUGGUGAGGUACGAUUGAGGGCAAUCUUCGGUUACCAAACGUGA